GAGUGUUGUGGUUUUCGGGCGGAAGUGACGCGCAGGAGAAGCUACAGCAGCAGCGACUCGAGCGACGAGAAGGGAUCCCGCGGCCCUGUGGCUCAACUAUUCUGAAGAACCGCCGAAACCAGCGUCCAUUACUAAGAUGACUAGGGGAAACCAACGUGAUCUUGCACGCGCCAAGAAUGCAAAGAAGCAGAAUGAUGGGGGGAAAGGCAAGAGGGGCGACGACGGGCUGUCUUCUGCUGCAAGGAAGCUGAGGGAUGCCGAGAUAAUGCAAGAGAAACAGAAAAAGGCGAAAGAUCCUGAGAAAAGCACCGAGAAAAAAUGAAGGCGGGAGAUAAAUUCAACUUUUCCAGAUCAUCUCCUGUUCAGUAUUCUUCCUGAUAUUUAUGAGAAUGAAUCUGUCAUCUUCAUCUAGUCUCAAGAUUCUAGGAUCCCACCUUCUUCCCUAUAGCAAAUGACAUUGCUUGUCGGAUUUGUUAUUUUACACAGUGAAAUUAUGUCUGAGCAAGAUAGUGGUUGUCCCACGUUGGUUCUGCAUGCAGAGGACCAUCAGUGGUGUAAGCAGCGAGAGAGAGAGAGAUGAACAAUUGCUGACACAAAACAUCUGCGUAACACUUGUGUAUUUUUGUAAGAGAAUGUCCCCUGCUGGUUUCAAAUAAAGUGUAUCUUUUUAUUUCA